CGACCGCUGAGAUGGCCACACUGCCGAACGGUAUAGCGCCGACGGUGUAAUCGGCCGACUCCAUCUCGAAUGUCAACGCGAGCGCAAAGCAAGGAGAAAAUCAAAACAAAAAAGAAGGAUUCUCCAUUUCGAAGUAGUUUGUGUUCAUAAGUUAGUGAAAAUUAAUGCAUUUGGGGCUAAAUUAACGUUUAAAUUAUAGCGUAUCCCAAAAGGAAACCUCUGCACACGUCGACUGAAGAACAGCAACGAUUGUCGUACCGUCACAUGGUGCUACCUCGGACGGCGAUGAUUAUCUGAACGGAAAGGAAAGGAGAAGGAAUCGAGGAGGUUCAAGGAAGGAGGAGUAAAUCGCGAGGAGAAGACUAUUUGAGUGAGUAGGAGAAAAGAAGUUGAAUUAUGUACAGAAACUUACCUUUUAAAUAUAAUUCCAGUUUUAAAGCUGCUGGAGACAGCUGCUACAAAAAAUUUAGUUUUACUCUGGUUCAUCCGAACAAACUUUAAAAUCAAAUACUGGUUCGAUGAAUCUCAACACGAUGAGCAGCUCCAACCUGGACCAGACUUCAGAUCUCUGCGGCGCGUGCGAAUUUCUCACCGAAGUGGAGGAAAUUAUCACCUGCAGCAGCUGCGGAAUGAAAUACCACUCCCGCUGCGCGGACAACACGGCGGCGGAUACGGAGUGGUACUGCCCGGAAGGUUGUCGGAACAAUCUCGACGAUUCAGCCGAACAAGCUCGCGAACAACCAGAUGCGGUGACCGACACGGAUUGUCCGGUGGUUGGGCAAGCGGAAGAAUUCGAUGCGGAACGUUGGAUCCGGGAGAAGCAGGAGGAGAUCGAGAUGGAGCUGGCGGAAAGGCAAGCGCAGAUCGAUCGCGAGCUGCGGGAGAAGGAAGAAAAGAUGGCCGAAGCAAUCCGGAAAGUAAAGCGGCGGCAAGAAGCCAACUUAGAGCUCGAGCGGAAGAAAAAGGCGGACCACGAGAGGCGAAUGGCAGAUUUGCAGAGUUCGUUUCAAAGAAGGUCUUCACUCAUCAACGAGCAGCUGGAGCUCACCAAGUAUGGUUUCGAGAAGAUCCUGCAAUGUCCUCAAAUCGUCAACUCGACGAGUGAGGAAGAGGCAGAAGACGAGAAGAAGAUCGAGCGCGAAGAAAGCUCGAAUGAAGACCGCGAUGGAAGUGCGAAAAGUCGCGUGGAAGACACCGGCGAGAACGGUACGAAGCUGAACAAGCAAGACGUCAGCGGAACUCUUUACGGGCUGGGGCAGCAAGGUUCCGGACUUGAGAAGGCACGACUGGCCGCGGGCGGGAGGCGUACAAGACAGUCUCCUUGCUACCCGAACGACCCAGAAUGGUUGCCAAAGUCCUACGGAACGCAACAAAAACCCUCGGAAUCCUGUGGAGUUGUGGACGGAGCAGAUCUUGGAAAGCUUCAAAACUGGCUUAAAGGUGCGGCGCUAGACACUGGACAUCGUACGCUUCGCUUUUCCCGACGACUACUGGUGGAUCGUCCGGAACUGCUGCAACGAAGCCACGCGGAGAGUUCGCGCGGUCUUGAGCAUCCGGAAGCGGAAAAGUUUGCAACACUCACAACGCUCAAAAGUGCAGCGAAUCAACUGUACGAGCGUACGAAAGCGACGGAUAUCACGCUGGUGUAUCCGCUCGCAAUUGAAGACCCAGCUAGCGUACUUCCGAUUGUGGAGGAACGGCUCUGGGCAACGAAGAAGGCGGAAAUAAAGAACUUUUCGUCGAAAAACAACUCGGACAUGAUAGCCGAGACAAGCAGAAGAAGACAGACAGAGGACGCGGACCUCUACUGUCGGGAAGAGGACAGCUCCAGCCUGACCAGGGCCAACCAAAUGCAACCAAGAGUGCGCCACGAUCGCCAGUUGCGGUUCUGUGAGGGAAUGGAGGAGAUGUUCGACGACGAGCGUACGAAGAUCGUCGGAAGCUGGAAUCGCGGCGAUAACCAGAGGUUGGAGAAACGCGGCCAAAGCAAUACAUGCUGGGAUCUUUACAACCAGGUGGUUCUUCCAGUCGUAAGCGCAGUCCGCGCCAGCACGCCUAUAGUUUUUCAAAUGGUUUCGUAUCUGCGGUACGAAAGGAACACCGUCGCGUUGAUUGUUGGCGCAAAGGUUGUUCGACUGGAUCUCGGAGACGUACCGGGAAAACUCGCCAGACAGCGGUCGGCUGAGGCGAGUCACGUGUGCCCACGAUUCACGCGGAUGAAUGAGUGGGUCUCUGCGGCGCAGGUUUGCAGCGGUUUGGUGGCUGACGAUGGUCAGCUGCAAGAACUCAUCGGAAAGCUGCGAUUGAUGCUGCCGGCACCGAUAGCUCAACACAACGCGGCGCCGAAAGAUCCGGACAAACCGAAGAAGAAAAGCGCAAUGCAAGAAUCGGUGGAAUAUGUUCAGCAAGAUCCAACGGUAACCGACGCAAAAGGGUCGCACGCGAAGUCUAUCGCUGGCUGCAUGGAUAAAAACGGGUUCAUCGAGACAAUGGCAAGCGGAUCAGCGCACGAAAACGAACCGGUUGAGGCGCUUAAAGAGGUCGAUCGAGUCAACACGAGAAUGAAGGCGGCUAACUCGACCAACACGAAGCCGGUUCAGCAACGAAAUCUCCGGUCAGCAGUGCUCGAUUUGAAGACGCAAGCAGAGGACGGCGAUUUCCUGAAGCAGCAGUGGCUGAGUCGACGUGAGCUGGCUGACGAAGCAAAGAACUAUGUUCCGAAGAGCGGUGGUCACGACGAGGGUGGAAACAAGCUGCACCACAGCAAUAGCACACCACUACGGCACCCCGGCGUCAGUCUCUUGGCAAUGAAGAGCUGCAAGGUGCAUGACGGCGUUGACGACGACGAAGGCGGCCAAAAACUACACAGAAACGCAGCAAAUAUAUCCGGCUCGGUGGCCUUUUCAACGGCGAAAACGCACGAGCAAAUGGACAGCGCUGCAAGAGAGUGUGUAGGAACCGGAGGGGAUGCAGAUUUGGCGUUUGCAAUCGAGAUGACUGCGGUAAACUGGAUUGUCGAAGAGAACCUGCCUGGGCUGGACGGCGCGCAGAGGCUGACGGACGGAAUCAGCAGGACGACGAACCCGAGUGUCGGCAAAGGCAAAGGUGUCCCCGCGCAAUGGCACCAGACGGAGGACGCUGACCAGUCGGAGCAGAAGAGCAGAGUAAACACAGCGGUACCAAAGGAUCUUGGUAAAUCCUACGAACCGGAUGGUCCGACGGAUGUUACGGGCUGGGGUGUUACGACCGCUGAGAUGGCCACACUGCCGAACGGUAUAGCGCCGACGGUGUAAUCGGCCGACUCCAUCUCGAAUGUCAACGCGAGCGCAAAGCAAGGAGAAAAUCAAAACAAAAAAGAAGGAUUCUCCAUUUCGAAGUAGUUUGUGUUCAUAAGUUAGUGAAAAUUAAUGCAUUUGGGGCUAAAUUAACGUUUAAAUUAUAGCGUAUCCCAAAAA